ACAGGAAGGCAGCAGCAGUGUAAUGCCCACGGGCAUGAUGCACCUGUCAACCUUGACCGUUCAUUCCUACAGAUAGGAAGCGAGCAGUUCAAUAUAUUUCCAGCAGAUCGUCAACACAAGAUGAACCUGUACGAAUGUGCCCUGACCGACUGCCGGUCGGGGCUGAUACCCAAGUCAAAAGGAGCCCGGUUGCCGGCCGGAACGGUUUACAAUACCACCGGUAUUGAGCGGCAUACGGUAUUACCGCUUACGGCCCUGUCUAAGAAAUUCGGCGACGAGGGAUCCCCUCGGGCUGGAAGGAGCCGCCAAUCAGGCCCAAAUCGCCGAAGACGUAGUCUGACGGGCCGGGAAUGCUUGUUCGCCGUCCGGAACUCACGAGGGUGGAUCACAGCGUGUCGGCCCAGUCAUCCAGCUCCGCGUCAGGAUCAUCCCGUUCUUCGGCGAGGACGGCGACACCUGUGAACGUUACAAGUUAAAGUAAGGCCCGUACAUGUAACUAGUAUGUAGACAGCGGGAAUGCGUGUAGGUAUAUAUAUCUUUUGAAUAGGACCAUCUAUGUCCAUGAGUUUCUUCCUCA